GGUUCUGUACGUUCUCUUGAAACUGCGCCUUUCUCAUUUUGUUGGUCCCAAAGACAAACGACCCAACCCAGAAAAACAAAAAAAGGCGAAGAGAAAAAUGCAGCAGCAAGGGAGCAAGAGUGGAUCUGAGAUGGAGGUUACUUGGGAGGACCAGCAGAACAUUAACACCUUCAGCCGUUUGAACAACCGAUUCCACGACCUCGAUGACGAAAUCAAAUCCGCCAAGGAAAAGUGUGAUAACUUAGAGGAUGCUGGGAACGAGUUGAUCCUUGCUGAUGAGGAGAUGGUGCGGUUUCAAAUCGGGGAAGUGUUUGCUCAUGUGCCAAGGGACGAGGUGGAAACAAGGAUAGAAGACAUGAAAGAGGCGACCAGCAAAAGCCUUGAGAAGCUUGAGGAAGAGAAGGAAUCGAUAGUGUCACAAAUGGCAGCGUUGAAGAAGGUAUUGUAUGCUAAGUUCAAAGACUCCAUCAAUCUUGAAGAAGAUUAAUAAGAUCCAACUUGGUAUCUUUAGUAUUUGCAUUAUUCAGUUUGAUGAUUAUACCGAGUGUUGUAGACCAAGGAUUCUCGAAUUUAACAUACUGGUUUUGUUCUCUGUGGA